GUCCCAAAAUGUUCGCGCAUGAUUAUGUGGAGGUCAUCAAAAAGGCUGAUCAUCAAUUGCAUACAGUUCGUCAUUAGAUGCGGCCGCAGUAACUUCGAUGCGGAUGACUUGGAUGACAUCUCGGAUUACGACGUCCUGGAUGUUCCUAUGCAUUUCCAGCCGCAAACGUUCGGGCUGCCAAGGCAACCGCGCCAGGACGACCUCCAGCAUCGACCGGACGCGCCGGGAGCGAGGAGGACCUCGCCGCCGGAAGUGGUGACCAAGGUGCUGCGGGCCCUCGAGGAGAUGGGCGAGCCCGUAGGAUCGCCGUCGUCGACGAUGGACAAGAUGCGCGGCGCUUCGUCGAAGCCCCUCGGAUGCCUGCCGCACUCGGCAACACCGUCGACGAGAACGAGCUGA